UGCACUUGUGCCGUUUUAUUUUAUCUGUGGCGAUGGGUGGACGUUUGUUUCUUUGUGUUGUCCUGUUGCAGUUGUCAGGGCACUCGCAAGCUGGAAGACCUCCUCUGAAGUGUGGCCUGGGCUCUAAACUGUGCAAGGAUGGCCUAGAGUGUGUCUUGGACAGUCGUGUGUGUAAUGGAGAGCCUGACUGCAGGGAUGGUUCAGAUGAAAAGGACUGUGCUUCAGGAUGCACUGAAGAUCAGUUCCAGUGUGACCAUGGGAAGACUUGUGUAGACAAGGACCAGGUGUGUGAUGGUACACCUCAGUGCCGGGACCGUUCUGAUGAGCUUCAGUGCACGAAGCAAACUGAGAGCUGUGUUCACCACUGUGACAACAAGAGUCGCUGCUUGCCUGCGAAGUUCCUGUGUGAUGGACGGAGGGAAUGUUUAGAUGGCACAGAUGAGGCCAACUGUGAGGAUAAAGAGGAAGACUGGUAUGAAGAGGAAGGGACCAGUAAAUCCUCUGUGUUUGCUGCCUCUGUCGGCUCCCCGGCCACCAUCAGGUGUCCUUUGGGCUCUAAACCCUGCAAGGACAACACGGAGUGUGUCAUCUACAACCAUGUCUGUGAUGGAGAAGCAGACUGCAGAGAUGGCUCUGAUGAGGAAGACUGCUUAUCGGCGUGUGAAACGGACCAAUUCCAGUGUGCCCAUGGAAAGAAGUGCAUAGAGAGGAGUCAGGUGUGUGACGGUGUGUAUCAGUGUCAGGACCGCUCAGAUGAACAGGGAUGUGCCAAGCACAUGGACGGCUGCACUCAUCAAUGUGACAACAAGAGCCGCUGCAUUCCUGAUAACUUCCUCUGUGAUGGGGAGAGGGACUGUUGGGAUGGCAGUGACGAGGCAGACUGUGCUGACGAGGGCUGCAGUGCCACUGAUUUUAAAUGCACCAGUGGCCAGUGUGUGUCGGCCACAAUGCGUUGUGAUGGUCACCCAGACUGCUGGGACCGCUCCGAUGAGGAGAGGUGCACCAAUGCAUCGGUCUGCACCACCAAACACCACUGUCCCCAGAGCAAGGAGUGUCUGGUGCAGGAGUGGAUCUGUGACGGCGAUCAGGACUGCAAAGAUGGCACGGAUGAGAAGGAUUGUCCUGUGCUUCCACUGAACUGUGGUGAGUACCAGUGGUUGUGUAAGUCCAAGUGUAUCCCUACAGCUUGGAGGUGUGACGGCAUGAAGGACUGUGACGAUGGCAGUGAUGAGACUGAAUGUGGGGUGGUGACAUGCCUCCCUCACCAGUUCCAGUGUGGCAGCCAGGAAUGCCUGGAUCCACUCCUGGUGUGUAACAACAUUACCAACUGCGCAGACGGCUCAGACGAGGGAGGCAGCUGCCAGAUAAACUGUGCAGAUAACAGGCGCUGCUCUCAAAGCUGCCACAGCACCCCACAGGGAAUGCGUUGUCACUGUGAAGCAGGAUUCAGGCUCAUGGAGGACAGCCUGACCUGUGUCGAUAUUGAUGAGUGUGAAGGCUGGAGUCCAGGUGUGUGCCGUCAGCUGUGCAUCAACACUCCAGGCUCAUACCAAUGUGAAUGUCUUCCAGGCUACAUAAUGGAGGCAGAUGGACACCACUGCAAGAUCACUGGUGAAGCAUUCCUGUUGUCUUCAGUCCAAACAGACCUCUACUUGUUUGGCCUGCGCAGUCGUAGCCUAGAUGUGUUGUCCUCCUCUGCCAAGAAGGCCAUCCUCUCCCUGGACUAUGACUGGAGGGAGCAGAGGGUCUUCUGGGUCAGUCUGGACACUGAGAGCAUCAGGUGGUCCUCACUGGACCAAAAGAGCACAGGAACUCUGAUUAAAGGUGUCCGGGCUGAUUCUGUAGCUGUGGAUUGGCUCGGGAGGAACCUUUACUGGGUCGAUGGCGUGAACAGUCAGAUUGUUGCCAUCAGACUGGCAACAACCACUGUGAAGUCACAGGACCGCAGUAUCGUCCUGGAUGAAGACCUGGAUCAGCCUCACUCUUUGGCACUGCUGCCACAAAAAGGGCUGAUGUUCUGGACAGAGAUUGGUAAUGUAGUGAAGAUAGAGCGUGCUGGGAUGGAUGGGUCAGAGAGGAUGGCAGUGGUGAACUCCAGUCUGGGCUGGCCAGGAGGUGUGGCUGUGGACACAAUCUCUGACAGAGUCUACUGGACAGAUGAGAGGCUCAGUGCGAUUGGAUCUGCAACACUGGAUGGCAAUGACAUUCGGAUUCUACAGAUGAAAGAGACCACCAACCCAUUCUCCUUGGCAGUGUUAAAUGACAUGCUCUAUUGGUCUGAUGCCAAGAAGCGAGUGGUGCAGGCUGCUCAUAAAAUCUCCGGCAAAAACCGCCAGGUUCUCCUAAAAAGACCCAGACAACCUUUGGCUGUGAAGAUCAUCCACCCAUUACUCCAGACAGGCAUUGAGAGCCCCUGUGAGAAGAUGGACUGUUCACACAUGUGUGUGUUGGCCCCGGGACCCAAAGCGGUGUGCAAGUGUCCCUCAAGUCUCUUACUGGCUGGGGAUGGCAUGACCUGCUCCAGCUUCGUCAAUUCAGCAUUCCUACUGAUGCUGUCUCCCUCCACCGUUACCCAGAUCUACUUGCAGUCCCGACACACAGCAGCAGAGCUGAAGGGCUGGCCUGAACAUCUGGCCCUGCAGGUGCCCAACAUCAAUGAGGCAGCCUUAAUGGACUACAGCCUACGUGAUCACACCCUGUUCUUGACAGAUGACGGCACAACUUCACUCAGCUCCUUUAAGCUUAAGGACUCAGACUUGUCCUCUCAGAGCCAGCUUCUAAAACUCCUGGGUGACACCAUCACCGCCAUGGCCUUGGACUGGGCAUCACUUAAUGUUUACUGGAGCAGCAACAAACAGCCCCGCCUGCAGGUCACGUCCAUCAAAGCUGCACACACUGCAGUUCUCAUAAAGGAAGGUAUUGGUAGAUUGGAGUCAAUCGCCCUCCACCCUCCCAGUGGAAGAGUUUGUUUCACCAACCUGGGCCUGCAGAGUACAGGUACCGUGGCUACUAUAGAGUGUGCCAACAUGGAUGGUGCUGAGCGCAGUGUGGUGUGGAAGGAUGCUGUCCGGCCCACAUCUCUGGACUUCUCUAAUAAUGGAGAGACAAUUUACUGGGCUGAUGUAGGUUUAGGGACUAUUGGUUCUGUCCAACUCGAUGGAUCUGCAUACAGAGAGUUAAAGACUGGUGAUGGCCUGGCUGCAGUGGCUCUGAGUGGUGACACUCUGCUCUGGAUGACUGUCAGUGACAAGACCAGGCUCUGGUACAGAGAACAGCAGCAAAACAAGCUGUGGUUUGAGGUUGGAACAGAAGUGGUCAGCUUAAAGGCAUUCAGCAAGUCCAGUCAGACUGGUUUAAACCAGUGCACGGAAAACAAUGGCAACUGCCUGCACUUAUGCCUCGCCACCCCAGGAGGUCGGACAUGCAAGUGUGCCCAUGAUCACAUCCUUGUGAAUGCUACCCACUGCAGGCCGGAGCAGCGCUGCCCAGAUGGCAGCAGGUCCUGUUUGGAUCAACUCUCAUGCCACCCAGUUGAGAAGUUCUGUAACGGGCAUGUUGACUGCCAUGACCACUCAGAUGAGAACUGUGUCAGCCUGAAGCAGUGGUCAGGCGCCAAAGGCUCUGCUCUCACCCGGCCCAGCAGUUCCUCUCCCCCUCCCUCCCCUCUCCCUUCUCUCUUUGAGGACAAUGGUCUGAACACCACCCUGAAUGUAAGCAGUCAUCUCAGGAACCUGGACGCCCAGCAGUGCAGCCAGAGCCGCUGCAGUGGCAACGGGCGCUGUGUGGACACUAGUGGAGACACGGUUUGUGAGUGUUCACUGGGCUACAGCGGUGACUCCUGUCAGGACCCUCUCCCGAAGACCAUGCAGCGUCCCAUUGUCUACGGCGCUGCAGGGCUCUGUGCAGGUGUGGUGGUCAUUGCUGUGAUAGCAGUGGUGGUUAAGAGGAGGAAGAGUGCCAACGCAAGGAGAGCUAGCCCAGCAGCAGUGAAGGAAAUGAGUAUGACUGAGCUGGAGACAAACGCUGAGACCAGCCCCAGUACACAAACUGCCCCAGCAGACACAGACAAACCAGAGGAAGCGGUAUCUUCUGUGGACUGAGGCAGAUUUAUGGCAGAU